UAAAAGUCUAAUUUGAAAAUUAUUAAACUAAUAUAAUUAAUAUUGGCCCUUAUGAAGUAGGAGUUAUUUUUAAUUUAAUAUAAAGUUUCUUAUAAAAUGACUGAAUUACUACUGGACCCUAAUAUUCGAGUUUGGGUGUUUCUGCCCAUUGUAAUAAUCACUUUCCUUGUUGGAAUUGUAAGACAUUAUGUUUCGAUUAUUUUAUCAUCUCAGAAGAAAAUCGAAUUGUUGCAAGUCCAAGACAGCCAAGUCAUGAUCAGAGCUCGUUUGCUGCGUGAGAAUGGCAAAUAUUUGCCACGACAGUCCUUUGCUAUGCGUCGGCAUUUUUUUAACAAUGAAGAUACUGGAUACUUCAAAGUACAGAAAAGAGCUGCAGCUUCACAGAAUCCAAUGACUGACCCUGGAAUGAUGACUGACAUGCUGAAAGGGAAUGUAACCAAUGUACUGCCAAUGAUUGUUAUUGGAGGCUGGAUCAACUGGAUGUUCAGCGGUUUUCUUACAACCAAGGUACCAUUCCCAUUGACUCUAAGAUUCAAACCAAUGCUGCAACGUGGAGUGGAGUUAGCAUAUCUUGAUGCAUCCUGGGUGUCUUCUGCUUCCUGGUAUUUCCUCAAUGUUUUUGGUUUACGUACCAUAUACACACUUGUAUUGGGUGAAAAUAAUGCUGCUGAUCAGUCAAAGGUGAUGCAAGAACAAAUGUCUGGUGCAGCGAUGGCGAUGCCUCCAGACCCGAAAGCUGCAUUCAAAGCAGAGUGGGAGGCUCUAGAGAUCACUGAACAUUGUUGGUCUCUUGCUAACGUUGAAAACGAUUUACUCGCUACUGAUAGUAAAUGUCUGUAAAUGUGUUUAACCCUUUCACUGCCACUCUUCCUUCUACUUGUCUAGUGAAAGAAUGAGCAUUGAUUGUGUUAUCCAUUUUGUAGUAAGCUAAAACUUUUAAAUAUUUAUGUUAAUAUAGUAAAAUGGGUAAUAAAGUUAAUUUAAUCUUUA